AUGUUCAGUCUUCAUGAAGAGCCCAUUUCGUAUCUGGUAGACACUGGAGUUGCUCAGACCGUGGUGGCAGAAGCUGACUCUCGGUGUCUCGGUGGGUGGAAAGCAGAAAAGAGACGAGAAGUGAGCCAGGCUUUGACCUCAAGACACAGGGCAGCAGACCCAGUUCCUCCUGUGGAGCCCCACCUCCCAAAGGUGCCACAAACUACCGGACAGCACCACCAGCUGGCCACCACGCAUCCAAACCCCGAGUCUGCAGAUGAGCAGAGGUUCCAGGAGAUAAAGUCACAUCGCCUAAGUCCCACAGUCGUGUAUGGUGCCUCACAGAACAUCACCUUGUGUAGUGGUCCUCAUCGGACUGAUAGUGACAAGAGAAACAUUGUUGCCGAUGCUCUCAGCACAGACACAAUGUUUCUCUGGAAUGUUUCUGAUCUGCAAUUGGUUAAGUCCGUGGACGAAAGAGCAAGAAGCCCAAAGGAAAAAAGGUCAAGGGGAAGAAGGUGGCCCCAGCCCCCCUGCCCCCCCCCCCCCCCCCCCCCCGCUGUCGUCAAGAAACAGGAGGCCAAGAAGGUGAUCAAUCCUUUGUUUGAGAAAAGGGCCAAGAACUUCCACAUCGGGCAGGACAUCCAGCUCAAAAGAGACCUAACAUGCUUCGUCAAAUGGCCCGGCUACAGGCUGCAGUGGCAAAGAGACAUCCUCUAUAAGCAGCUCAAAGUCCCUCCUGCCAUUAACCAGUUCACCCAGGCCCUGGACAGGCAAACAGCUACUCAGCUGCUUAAGCUUCCCCACAAGUACAGGCCAGAGACAAAGCAGGAGAGGAAGCAAAGGCUGCUGGCCCGUGCUGAGAAGAAAGCCACUGGCAAAGGGGACGUCCCAACUAAGAGACCACCUGUCCUUCGAGCAGGAGUCAACACAGUCGCCACCUUGUUGGAGAACAAGAAGGCUCCGUUGGUGGUGAUUGCCUAUGACGUAGACCCCAUCAAGCUGGUGGUUUUCCUGCCUGCCCACUGUCGAAAGAUGGGGGCGCCCUACUGUAUCACCAAGGGAAAGACCAGGCUGGGACGCCUGGUCCACAGGAAGACAUGCACCACUGUUGCCUUCACACAGGUUAACAGAGACAAAGGUCCUUCGGCUAAGCUGGUAGAAGCUGUUAGGACCAAUUCUAAGGACAGAUAUGACAAGAUCCACCGCCACUGGGGAGGCAACGUCCUGGGUCCUAAGUCUGUGGCUCACAUUACCAAGCUGGAAAAGACAAAGGCUAAAGAACUCGCUGCUAACCUGGGUUAA